AUGGCUUCCUCCUCUACAACCAAAUUCUUGUGCUUGUUCCUCAUUUUGGGGCUUGCCUCCCCAAGCUUGGCCACCGAACACGUCGUCGGCGACCUUCUAGGUUGGAACCUGCUCGUUGAUUUUAAUGCAUGGGCCUCCGCCAGGGUCUUCAAAGUCGGAGAUACUCUCCGUUUCAACUAUUUGCCACUUGUGCACAACGUGGUGCGACUGCCAAAUGAAGCUUCUCUCCUUAAUUGCAUUACAGACACGAAACUGUUCAUUGACGGCAGCGGCAGCACGUCUUUCGCUCUGAACCAAAUCGGCGAUUUCUAUUUCUGCUCUUCUCUCUUCACCGACUGUCUUCUCAAUCUCAAGAUGAAAGUCUCUGUGGUCGCUUAA